GACCCUCAUGUCAUGCCUAUCAUUUCCCAUCGCUUUUAGGACUCACCUUUUUUCCGUGAAACGCAUCAGAAUUCGAGCCGAUAUUUAUAAAUUCUCAGCUUACUUUUGCCGCUUCUCUACCAUUCAACGCCCCUUUAAUUACGCACAAUUUCAAUGUAAUCAGACGGUCGAAGCUCCUGCCCAGUAGCUGUUAAAUUUUGAUCCACUCGGCCAUGGACUCACCGUCCGAUCGACGGUGCACGAGAAGCGCCGGUAGAGGUAAGUGGCGGUGCAGCGAAACGACAUUGCCUUCGAACUCGUACUGCGAGAAGCACUACCUGCAAAAAAUUAAGCGGGCGCGGCAAAGAAUUGGUGGAGACAGAAUUGACGACAGCGACCGCAAUAGUUGCGAGUUAAAAAUCAGAGGCGGUCGGAGGAGUGACGUCAGGGACCGGAGAGGUGAAGUCAGCGUAUCGGAGAAGAAUAAGAGGAAGGAGGGGAGAGAGGAGGAGUUGAGCGGUGGAUCGGAAGAAGAGGACGGGCUACUGUUGACUGAGAUAUUGGCAAGGGAGCGUAGGAAGGUAGAGAAAACGAAGCGUGGUGUUAAGGGGAGUAAGGUUAGUUCUGGAAAUUCAGUGAAGGAGAUUGUGGAUUCCGGUGAAGGAAAAGCUAAUUCCCGCGAAAAACACGGCUCUUCUGGUAAGGCCGUUAGGAAUGGCGCGGAGAGAGAAAAAAAAUCCUCCGAGAAGGAUAAGUCAAAUAAAAGCAAAGAGUAUGGGAGUUUAAUGUGUCAUCAAUGUCAACGGAAUGAUAAGAGUGGUGUAGUUUUUUGUUCCCGGUGUCAGAGGAAGCGUUACUGUUAUGAGUGUCUUGAAAAGUGGUAUCCUGAGAAAACAAGGGAUGAAGUUAAGGAAGCAUGUCCGUAUUGCUGUGGCAAUUGCAAUUGUAAAGCUUGCUUGCGUGAAGUUGUGGUUGUCAAGGAUGGCCACAAGGAUGUAAACAUCAGUGUUAAAUUAGAGCGGCUAAAAUACUUGCUAUUUAAAGCUCUACCAGUUCUCAGGCAUAUAUACAAGGAGCAGAGGUCCGAAAUAGAGAUUGAAGCAGACAUAAAGGGAUCUCAGUUAACAGAAAUUGAUAUAACAAGGUGUAAAUUGGAAAAAAGUGAACGUUUGUACUGUGACAACUGCAAUACAUCAAUUGUUAACUUUCACAGAAGCUGCCCCAGCUGUUCUUAUGAUCUAUGCCUAACCUGUUGUCAAGAGCUAAGAGAAGGCAGCCAACCUGGAGGUAAUAAAGUGGAAACAUCCCAACAACAGUUUGUAGAAAGAGCUAAUUUUCGAAUUAAACACAACGAUGGAAAUACUAAUGCACCAAGAAGUAGACACCAAUGGGAGAGCCAAGUGGGUCCAGCCACUAAUGAUAAAGCUCAUAUGUCUUCUUACUUUCCUGAUUGGCGAGCAAACACAAAUGGUAGCAUUCCAUGCCCUCCAAGUGACCAAGGAGGUUGUGGUGCUUCGAUACUUGAGUUGAGACGUGUUUUUAAAGCUAAUUGGGUAACUAAGCUGAUAAGUAAUGUGGAGGACAUUACCAGUCAAUAUAAGCCACCUGAUGUUGAUUUCUCUAUAGAAUGUUCUGCAUGCCAGCCAAAUGGUUCAGAUGGGAACAGCAACAGCCGUUCUAAUGUGAGACAUGCAGCUAACAGGGAAGAAAGUCAUGAUAACUUUUUAUUCUGCCCAAAUGCUGUUGAUAUAUCAGAUGAUGAAAUUGAGCAUUUUCAGAGACACUGGAUGAGGGGUGAACCUGUGAUUGUCCGAAAUGUUCUUGAGAAAACAUCUGGUCUUAGUUGGGAACCCAUGGUCAUGUGGAGGGCCUUUAGAGAAACAGGUGCCAAUGUAAAAUUCAAAGAAGAGACUCGAAGUGUGAAGGCCAUUGAUUGCUUAGAUUGGUGUGAGGUUGAAAUUAAUAUUCACCAAUUUUUCAAGGGCUACUUAGAGGGCCGUAUGCAUAGAAGUGGGUGGCCAGAAAUGUUGAAAUUGAAGGAUUGGCCUUCAUCAACCUUAUUUGAAGAACGUUUGCCCAGGCAUAAUGCUGAAUUUAUUGCUGCACUCCCUUACAGUGACUACACUGAUCCAAAAUCAGGCCUUUUAAACCUUGCUACACGACUUCCAGAGGGAUCAUUGAAACCAGACAUGGGACCCAAAACAUAUAUUGCAUAUGGAUUCUCCGAAGAACUUGGUAGAGGUGAUUCAGUGACAAAGCUGCAUUGUGAUAUGUCUGAUGCGGUAAAUGUAUUGACGCACACAACUAAGGUGAAUAUUGCUCCCUGGCAAUGCCAAAAAAUAAAAAGAAGGCAAAAUGAAUAUGCUGCUAAAGACUUGCAGGAACUCUAUGGUGGUGUAGAUAAGGCUAAGGUUGGAAUGGAAAGAAGAUCACUGAAGAGAACUUAUGGGGACAAGCUCACUGUUACUGACUGUACGAAGAAUGGAAGCAUGGAGUAUGACCACUUCUUGUUGGAAGAGAAGCACAUAAAGGUAAGGAAAGUGGAUAAAGAACAAUCAGAUACUAAUCUGCCUUUUUCAAAUUCUAUGGAUCUAAGGGUUGUAGGAUUGGAUGAAUCGCAGCCUGAAAUGGGACAUUCUGUUUCUCCUCAAAAUAGGAAAACUACUAUUACUGGGACAGAGUUGCUCCAAGAAAAUGAUACAAAGCCUCAUAUACUUGAGUAUAAUGAAAGUAAGGUGACACAAUCAUUAAAGUGUAAUGAUAACACUGAAAAAGACUCCUUUCUAGAAAAUAGUGACAGAAAAAUAACUUCAAAUCAGCUGAAAGUUGAGCCAGGCAAAUGCUCUUUGUCAAGCGGUGUAGAUGCAAGGGAUAAUCUGUUUGUUGGAAUUGUGUGUAGGAAAUUAGGCAUGUUGGAGCAUAAUGCGACGGUAGAGGCAGAGUUAUUACCAGAAAAUAAUGACCAAGCAAUAACUGAUCAAAAGAUGGAAGAAUUUGGACUGAAGGAAAGCUCUUCAUCAAGCAGUACAGUAAAGAAGGAUAAUUUGGAAAUUAGAACUACGGAUUAUACUUUAGAGGGAGAGGAAGGGAUUAGAAAUAUUUCAGUAAAGGACCUAGGAGAUGAACUUGUCUACUCUCCAGAGUUAAAUGCAUCCAAAGCAGAAAACAUGAGUUUGAAGUUAAAUGAACAAAGAGAAAAGCAAUCGGAAGUGGAAGGAAAUUGUUUUCCGGAUGAUGUGGAUGUUUCUGAAAGGAAUUUCUCUGUUGAAAAUGUGACAAGCCCUGCUAAUCAUGCCACUUUUGAUAUUAAUGCAGUUGGAUCUGGGAGUGAAGGUAUAGCUGAUUCUGCUAAAUGUUCUAAUGAAAUGGUGGUAAUGAAGCUUACUAAUAAGAAAGACAUUUUAGGGAUUUCUCUCUCGGGUGAAAACAGAUGUGAUGGUCCUGGAUCAAAAGAAUCAGACCGAGUGCCUAUCAAGGAUUUAGAAAAUAAUGAGAAGUCACAAAUGGUCAACGGUGGUGCUGUCUGGGAUAUCUUUCGCAAGCAGGAUGUUCUCAAAAUCAUUCAAUAUUUGGAAAAGCACAAUAAGGAAUUUCGCCACCUUAAUAAUCUUCCUGUAAAUUCUGUCAUUCAUCCUAUUCAUGAUCAAACUCUUUUCUUAAAUGAGAGGCAUAAGAAACAACUGAAAGAGGAAUUUAAUGUGGAGCCUUGGACAUUUGAGCAAUACCUUGGUGAGGCUGUUUUCAUUCCUGCUGGAUGUCCUCAUCAAGUGAGAAAUAGACAAUCUUGUAUAAAGGUGGCACUGGAUUUUGUAUCUCCUGACAAUAUUGAAGAAUGUAUUCGGUUAACCAAAGAUUUUCGUAUGCUCCCUAAGAGCCAUAGAGCCAAGGAAGACAAGUUAGAGGUUAAGAAGAUGGUGCUCUAUGCUGUAAGCUCAGCUGUGAAAGAGGCCCGAAGUUUGAUGCCUAACCAGGAGUAAGACAUAUUGAAUCUUUCAGUAUGUUGUUAUCUGUGUUGACAACAAAUUGGCCACCAAUAGUUUGUUUAUAUCUGAUGGCUGUUCAUAAAUGGAUUUCAUUCUGACUGCCACUGUUAGCUUGGUCGAAGUUCACGAGCUGAAGUCGCAAAUUUCACCAAUCACUUUGUUGAUUGCUAGUUCUUCUCAGAAACGUGGCAGCAUGUACAUAGAUAUUUUCACUACCCUUUUGCGUUUUAAAAUUAAUGCUGUUUUGCAGAAUAAUUUUACUAGCUUGUAGACAACGAAAAUAUUUUAGGUUGAAGCCUACCAACAUUAGCUGCUAGGAAUUUAGAUUUGGAUGUAAAAUAGAUGAUCGUAAUGUCAGCUUUAUCAGAAAAAAUUCACCAGUAUUGUCAUGCGGUGCUUUGAGGUGUUGAUGGCAGGUUGUUCAUUGAUUGUUA